AUGACAGAGAGGGAACAGACUUCGAUUCCGGAGGCCGAGAUGAUGCCAAUGCCUACCUCUAACUUAAGAAAUUAUCAAAACCGAACACGUGGUCCAUUGACACAGGGGACAAAGCAGAACAAAAUCAGAUGUAAUGAAGGAGCAGAGAAGGCAGCAUGCUUGUUGAAUAUAGGGGUAGCUGUAGCCCCAGAAGCAGUUGGAAGAUUCAAAGCAUGCCUAGGGAAGAUUCAAAGCAUGCCAAACGUCAAAGAUUGGGAUAAGCAUCUCUCUUUGGUUAUGAAGAGACAGAAACAAGAGAGCAGGUGGAGAACACAGAGAGCAAAUAGAGUGGUUGUUGAAAAUGGUUAG